UAAUGUUUCUGUCGGUGGGGUUCGACCGGCAUGAGCUUGAGCGGUGGACGGAAGCCGCGUGUAGACAUCUGCUCACCGGCGGGACGCGAACCCUCACAGAUCAGCUAGCGUAGCUCGGUACUGCUUGUAUCGUUCACCGGCCCAAUACACUCAGAUCGAUCUCUUGUUAUUGAUUACGUUGAAGGGAUAUUAAUUGUUCGGGCAGAACUCCUCGUCAGUCUCCAGGAGAGUGAUCUCAUAUCGACCAGGAUGGAGUGGCAGCCAGACGAACAGGGUCUGCAGCAAGUUCUUCAGCUGCUGAAGGACUCCCAGUCCCCAGACACCGCAACCCAGAGAGCUGUCCAGGAAAAACUCGAACAGCUGAACCAGUUUCCGGACUUCAACAACUAUCUCAUCUUUGUCUUAACAAGCCUCAAAUCAGAAGAUGAGCCGACCCGGUCCCUCAGCGGGCUCAUCCUGAAGAACAACGUGAAGGCCCACUACCAGAGCUUCCCCCCCACUGUGGCCGACUUCAUCAAGAGGGAAUGCCUGAACAACAUCGGGGACCCCUCUCCGCUGAUCAGAGCCACCAUAGGCAUCCUGAUCACCACCAUCGCCUCCAAGGGGGAGCUCCAGAUGUGGCCGGAGCUGCUGCCUCAGCUCUGCAACCUGCUCAACUCUGAAGACUACAACACCUGCGAGGGCUCGUUCGGGGCGCUGCAGAAGAUCUGCGAGGACUCGUCAGAACUCCUGGACAGCGAGGCUCUGAACCGGCCGCUCAACAUCAUGAUCCCCAAGUUCCUGCAGUUCUUCAAGCACUGCAGUCCUAAGAUCAGGUCCCACGCCAUCGCGUGUGUGAACCAGUUCAUCAUCGGACGCGCCCAGGCUCUGAUGGACAACAUCGACACCUUCAUCGAGAGCCUGUUUGCGCUGGCCGGUGAUGAGGACAGCGAGGUCCGUAAGAACGUGUGCCGGGCGCUGGUCAUGCUGCUGGAGGUCCGCAUCGACCGCCUCAUCCCCCACAUGCACAGCAUCAUCCAGUACAUGCUGCAGCGGACCCAGGACCCCGAUGAGAACGUGGCGCUGGAGGCCUGUGAGUUCUGGCUGACCCUGGCCGAGCAGCCCAUCUGUAAGGAGGCGCUGUCGGGCCACCUGGUCCAGUUGAUCCCCAUCCUGGUCAACGGGAUGAAGUACUCUGAGAUCGACAUCAUCCUCCUCAAGGGUGACGUGGAGGAGGACGAGGCGGUCCCGGACAGUGAGCAGGACAUCAAGCCCCGCUUCCACAAGUCCCGAACCGUCACCCUGCAGCAUGAAGGGGGGGAGGGCGAGGAGGGAGAGGAGGGAGACGAGGACGAGGACGACGACGACGACACCCUGUCCGACUGGAACCUCCGGAAGUGUUCGGCAGCGGCGUUGGACGUCCUGGCCAACGUGUUCAGAGACGAGCUGCUGCCCCACCUCCUUCCCCUGCUCAAAGGCCUCCUCUUCCACCACGACUGGGUCAUCAAGGAGUCCGGCAUCUUGGUGCUGGGGGCCAUCGCAGAGGGCUGCAUGCAGGGCAUGGUGCCUUACCUCCCCGAGCUCAUGCCCCACCUCAUCCAGUGUCUGUGUGACAAGAAGGCCCUGGUCCGCUCCAUCGCCUGCUGGACGCUCAGCCGCUACGCCCACUGGGUGGUGUCCCAGCCCCCCGACGCCCACCUCAAGCCCCUCAUGACCGAGCUGCUCAAACGCAUCCUGGACGGGAACAAGAGGGUGCAGGAGGCCGCAUGCAGUGCGUUCGCCACCCUGGAGGAGGAGGCGUGCACGGAGCUGGUCCCCUACCUCAGCUUCAUCCUGGACACGCUGGUGUUCGCCUUCGGGAAGUACCAGCACAAGAACCUGCUGAUCCUGUACGACGCCAUCGGGACCCUGGCCGACUCAGUGGGCCACCACCUCAACCAGCCGGAGUACAUCCAGAAGCUGAUGCCGCCGCUGAUCGCCAAGUGGAACGAGCUGAAGGACGAGGACAAGGACCUGUUCCCUCUGCUGGAGUGCCUGAGCUCGGUGGCCACGGCCCUGCAGAGCGGCUUCCUGCCCUACUGCGAGCCCGUGUACCAGCGCUGCGUGACGCUGGUGCAGAAGACCCUGGCCCAGGCCAUGAUGUACAGCCAGCAGCCGGACCAGUACGAGGCCCCAGAUAAGGACUUCAUGAUCGUGGCCCUGGACCUGCUGAGUGGGCUGGCUGAGGGUCUGGGGGCCCACGUGGACACGCUGGUGGCCCGCAGCAACAUCAUGACCCUGCUGUUCCAGUGCAUGCAGGACACCAUGCCCGAGGUGAGGCAGAGCUCCUUCGCUCUGCUGGGAGAUCUGACCAAGGCUUGCUUCCUGCACGUCAAACCCUGCAUCGCUGAGUUCAUGCCCAUCCUGGGCACCAACCUGAACCCCGAGUUCAUCUCGGUGUGUAACAACGCCACCUGGGCCAUCGGAGAGGUGUGCAUGCAGAUGGGUGUGGAGAUGCAGCCGUACGUAGCGAUGGUCCUCAACCAGCUGGUGGAGAUCAUCAACCGACCAAACACACCCAAGACCCUGCUGGAGAACACUGCCAUCACCAUCGGGCGGCUAGGCUACGUGUGUCCCCAGGAGGUGGCUCCCCUGCUGCCUCAGUUCAUCAGGCCCUGGUGUACGUCUCUGCGUAACAUCAGGGACAACGAGGAGAAGGACUCUGCGUUCCGCGGGAUCUGCAUGAUGAUUGGAGUGAACCCGGGCGGUGUGGUCCAGGACUUCAUCUUCUUCUGCGACGCCGUGGCCUCCUGGGUCAACCCCAAGGACGACCUCAGGGACAUGUUCUACAAGAUCCUCCACGGCUUCAAGGAGCAGGUGGGAGAUGAGAACUGGCAGCAGUUCUCGGAGCAGUUCCCCCCCCUCCUGAAGGAACGACUGGCAGCCUGCUACGGAGUUUAGAGCUUCCACCACACCCAGAGGUGAGCCAGAACGAGGAGGGUGAAACUCAUCCAUCUGUGUAUUGCACUGCCCUGAUCUGGGGGGGAGAGGGUUGCUAUUGGCCGCUCCCCCUGACGGACAGCCCCCACGCCCUAUGUGUGUGUCCAUAGAGGGAGGGAGGGCGGGAGGGGGGGAGGGACAGGGACGCCUCUAGAUUCACUAGGGACCCGACACAGAACAACCAAACUACCAGCUUAGGGACAGCUAGAGGGAGACGGGUCUAGAGGGACAGACAGGCUGCAGGGACAGACAGGUUAGACAUGUUGAGGGACAGCGAGCCAGCGAGGAGGGAGGGGUUGAGACAGGAAAGGGAAAGAUAAGAGAUAUGAGAUAGAGACCAGGACAGGGAAAGAGAGAUUAGUCGCCUUGUAAGAGGGGGAAUGUCGGUUAUUAACGGGACACACACACACACACACACACACACACACACACACACACACACACACACACACACACACACACACACACACACACACACACACACACACACACACACACACACACACACACACACACACUGUGGCGGUGUUAUUUAGUGACUAUCUUUAGACCAACAGUAGUGUAGGGACAGACAGACGUGGGGUUGUCAUGAGGGCGGGGGGGGGACUCACUUGUUCCAUCUGUCUUCACUCCAGCUGGUAUCUCCUCCUCCGUCCUGCUGGUGUCUCCUCUCCUGCUCCUCUGGUCGGGAGGAGCAGGGGAGGGCCUCUUUAUACCACUUCACAAUCCACCACCCUUCGGUUGUUUACUUAAGGUUUUUUGUGCGUAAAUGUGACUGCGUGUGUGUGUGUGGUUGUGUUUGUGCAUGUGCUGUUAUUUUGUAUAUUCUUACUUUGACAUUCUGUGUUAACGGUGUGAACUAUGUAUUGUUUUGAUUAUGGUACCGCGCUAAAACUUGACUCCCAUCGCUACGUCCUUUUGCACCUGUUAACUGUGACCAAGUGUGUGUGUGUGUGUGUGUGUGUGUGUGUGUGUGUGUGUGUGUGUGUGUGUGUGUCUACAUGCGUAACGAUAUCCAUUGGAGGCCAUAAUGAUAUCUUAAGUGAACAGUGAUUGUAUCAUUGCAAUCUUUCUAACGUUUUUAAAUGGUCCAUAACUUUUUUUUCCUUUGCUGCUGCUGAUUGAUUUUUGGUUUCUGUAGUGAACGUAAAAUCGCACAAUUAACACAAAAAAGAAUAUUUCAAUUAAUGCUAUUUUCAGUAACUGUUGUUUUGCACUUUUUUAUUUUUUGUAUGGACUAUUAUUUUUUUUAACCUCACCCAUAAAAGAUGUGUUGACCCUGA